CUAGCGUUAACAUAAAACUAGUGGUCUGCUACACUAGGCCUACUGUCUGCAGCUGAGGACUCGCCACGUCGUUAGAAAAGUAUAGGCUACGCUAGAGCUAUCUCUAGCUCUAUGGCAAUAUGGAAAGUGUGGAGACGAGCUGGACAGCGAUUCUGACUGCUACAACAUGUGGAGCAAGUGCCAUGGUCAUUUUGUUUAAAUGGUACCGGCAUCAGCAAAUAAAGAAGAAAAUUCAGAAAGCAAGAACCAGAAGAGAUGCGACGAUACAACGGGCAGCGUAUGCAGUCCGUCAGUUCAAAGAUUCGCACUCUGUCACAGAUACUUCUCAUAUCCUUUCCUUACCCCUGGCUGAGUUAAUCAAGAAACUAAAAGAUGGCUCUCUCAGUCCUGAAACUGUGUUCCACUCCUACAUGGAAAAGACCUUGGAGGUGAAUAAGAGGCUCAACUGUUGCACUGAGAUUCUACUGGAAAGUUUUGACCAGCUCAAAAAUAUUGGGUGCUGCAAGGAAGGUCUUCUUUAUGGUGUCCCCAUCAGCAUCAAAGACAAUUUGGGAUUCAAGGGUCAUGACUCCUCAUGUGGUGUGCUCUGUAAAUUGGACCAACCUGUUCCAGAGGACGGUGUGUUAGUGAAGGUUCUGAAGACACAGGGAGCCAUUCCCUUUGCCAAAACCAAUAUUCCCCAAGGCCUUCUAAAUUAUGACUGCAGCAAUCCCAUUUUUGGGCAGACUGUGAACCCGCACAAUUCUCUGAAGACUUCGGGUGGUUCCUCCGGGGGUGAGGGGGCUCUGAUUGGAGGUGGAGGCUCUCUACUGGGCUUGGGCACUGACAUUGGGGGCAGCAUCCGUAUCCCAUCAUCCUUCUGUGGCAUCUGUGGUUUCAAGCCCACAACAAAUAGGCUGAGUGGUCAAGGUGUUACCUCCUGCAGCAAAGGCCAGAAGGCAGUGUUGUCUUCCACCGGGCCUAUGGCGCGAGAUGUUGACAGCCUGGCUCUAUGUAUGCAGGCUCUGCUGUGUGAUCACUUGUUCAAACUGGACCCCACUGUGCCACCCAUCCCAUUUAACCAGAAGGUGUACACAUCUUCCAAGCCCCUGAAGAUUGGUUACUUUGAAAGCGAUGGCUACCAAAUGCCAUCUCCUAGCAUGAAACGAGGCCUGAGGGAGACCAAGGCCCUGUUAGAGAGAGCUGGCCACACGUUGGUGCCUUUCAGUGUUCCCAGGUUGAGCUAUGCCAUGCAUGAGCUUGUUAUCAAAGGUAUCCUUGGAGACGGAGCCAACACCCUGCUAAGCCACUUGAAGGGUGGUCCAGUAGACCCUUGUUUGAGACCACAGACUGUCACAUACAAUCUACCCCACACUGUGAAAAAGAUCCUCUCUGUUCUCCUGAAACCUCUGUUUCCUCGAGUAGCUGACUCUUUGGGAGCCACUUGUGGUGUUAGCUCUGUACAGGACAUGUGGAAAACUCAGGCGGCUAUAGAGGACUACACCCAGGAAAUUAUAGCUGAGUGGAGGAAGUGUGAGAUGGACGUGUUGCUCUGCCCAAUGCUAGGACCGGCCUUCAACUUUUUCAACUGUGGGAAGCUCACAUGUGCAACAUCGUACACUAUUAUCUACAAUCUGAUCAAUUUCCCAGCUGGGACUGUUCCUGUGUCUACAGUCACUGCUGAGGAUGAACAGGAGCUCAAAUGCUACAAGGGGCACUUUGGUGAUCCUUGGGACAAACAAUUUGUAAAGGCAGUGACCGGCGCUGAGGGCCUGCCUGUGGCCGUACAGUGUGUGGCUCUGCCCUGGCAGGAUGAACUCUGCCUACGGCUCAUGAAGGAGGUGGAGCGACUGGUCAAGGAGAACAAGUGAGGAGGGAGAGAAGGAAGGCGCCUUGAGUACAAUUCCACUCUAGGCUUAUGAAGUUGCUCCAGAGGAUAAAGGAAAGAGGAAAAGCCUAAAGCAGUCAAAAGCACUAUUCACUAUCCGUUUGAAUAUCAUUCGAAACACACUGUAAAUCAAGUUUCAAGAAAUAUAAAUGUAAAUCAAGUAAAGGGAGACUUGAAAUCAAUAGAAAGUAGUUGAAUGUAUUUUUUUUAGUAAAUUGCUGCUGUGUAUAUGUAUUUUGAUUGAUAAAAUAACAAUAACCAUAUUUUUGGACAUGAACCAUAUUGAUACAAUUUAUUUAAGGUUCAAAUUAAAUUUUGUAUUACACUUGUUUUAAUAAUGCAUUUACUAACUUAUUGUAUUGGAAAGUGGAGCUGAGACAAUAAAACUUAGUCAACAAAAAAAUACUUUUGAACAAUUGAUCAUUUUAUAUUGCUUAAUCUUAAAUCAUUGUUUUAAAUUAGUACAUUUAGAGAUGACUUACAUCUAACUACACUAAUUGAAAAACUCACAUCAGAAAUAUGUUACUGGAAGUACCAAGGUUAGGGUUAGGGUUAGGUAUCUAACCGUAUUUGCUUUUACUUUUAUAUACAAUGUAUCUAAUUGCGUAUUUUAAAUCAAGUCUCCAAACUACAAAUUAUACCUUGACUUGGAAGAAUCUGCAAAUGAUAUGUAUUUUAAUAGUGUUCAUUCUUGCAGAGCUAAAUGCAGUUCACUGUCACAUAAAAAUCACAAAAAUUGAAUUGUUGUACGUGAAAUCUAUGCACAUUUGAUUUUAUUUGAAAUAAAGACAUUGAUAUCGAAA